GUGACAUGGUUGAAAAUAAAGUAUCAUCAGCAGCGAACAAUAACAGCGAGGGCAGCGGCGAUUUCAACGAUGUCGACAUGAAGUCCCCCCGUGAAAGGGAAGGCUUUGUGAAUGGAGUCCAAGUUGCGAAGGACAAAGAAAACGGAGUGAUGAAUGACAACGAACUAGCGAAUGGUGUAGUUGAUAUUCCAUCUCCCACUGAACAGAAGUCACAGGUGGAAACUUUGAGCAAGAAGACGAUGGUCCCUGGGGAGAAAUGGUUCCUAGUGAGUUGCACGUGGAUGCGCGCCUUUAAGAAGUACUGUGAUGCUGACGAGUACUCAUCCUCACACACGCCGACAUCGCCAGGAACUGCAAGUGGAAUCCUGUCUUAUCCCAGUCCUUAUAAGAAGACACAUCCUGGGCCCAUCAACAACCACGACAUCAUAUACUAUGAUGGUCGGAGCGUCCGAUCCAGUCUACUUGAGAAUGUAGACUACGAACUAGUGCCUGAAGUGUGCUGGAGACAACUCGUGGCCUGGUACGGCAUCCUCCCCCAGUCUCCCAAAGCGCUCAAUAUCUCCACGGACACGACACCUGACGAAGUGGAAACCCGAGUCGAGAAACUGAACGCCGAGGUGGAAGCGGACCCAGAUUCACCGCAUGGGGAAGUGCGCAGAUUCGUGAUUGAAGAGGGAUGUUAUAUCAAGUUUAAUAAGAUUGAAGUUUAUUACCUGGAGCUGAGUGUAUACAAGUACCCCGACCAUCGCUUCUCGAAGAAACUGAAAAUGAGCAAAUCAAACACUAUCGAACAGUUGAAAGCGAAGCUGAAACACAUAUACAAUAUCGGAGAGCCCAAGAACGUCCGCCUUUAUGGCAACUUCGGCUCGGAGAUGCACGAGAUCUCGAAGAUGUCCGCAACUCUACAAGACGAAGGGCUCUUCUCAAACCAGCAGAUCACGAUCGAAGUCCAGAACGAAGACGGAAGUUGGCCCAAGAAAGCGAUCCCGGUGUCUAACGGGAUUGCUUCUACGGGCUCAACGGCAAAACUCUUCUCGUCUUCAGGCUCCAGUCAUAUAGCAGGACCGAACUCAAAUGUACCUGGACUGUGCGGAUUGUCCAAUUUGGGAAAUACGUGCUUCAUGAACUCAGCUCUGCAGUGUAUGAGCAAUGUGCCUCCUCUCACCGAGUAUUUUAAAAAUAACUAUCACAAAGCGGAAAUCAAUAAAGAGAAUCCUCUGGGUAUGCGGGGUGAAAUCGCAAUGGAGUAUGGUGACCUGGUGCAAACAAUCUGGUCCGGAGAAGCCAGCUCAACGCCUCCUAGACAAUUCAAGAGUAAAGUCGGAAGUUUUGCUCCUCGUUUCUCCGGAUUCCAACAACAUGACUCACAGGAGCUGCUCUCUUUCCUUCUGGAUGGGCUGCAUGAAGAUCUCAACCGGGUCAAAAAGAAACCCUACAUCGAGGCGAAGGACGACGACAACCGAAAUGAUGAUGUUGUGGCGAAGGAGGCCUGGGAGAACCAUUUGAAGCGGAACGACAGCAUCAUCGUGGACAUGUUCCACGGCCAAUUCAAAUCCACUCUCGUCUGUCCGGACUGUAACAAAGUGAGCGUCACCUUCGACCCCUACUGUUUCCUCUCCCUUCCCCUCCCAGUGAAGAAGUUGAAGAGUUACGACAUCACCUUCUUCAGGCUCAACCUCGAAAAACCACCCACAAAGUUGCGAGUGGUUGUGGGCGAUGGCUGUUCCGUGCAUGAGUUCCAAACAGCAGUGUCUGCAGUGGUAGACAAGAGUGUGCGUCCAGAUGACAUGAUCACCACCCAGGUGUACAACAGUCGCAUCCACAAGACACUAUCGCAGGAGGACACUAUGGGAAACAUGUAUGGAAGAGACGAAUACUCCGUGUUUGAAGCACCAAUGGAGAUCAACAAAGCCGACUGCGAGUUCAGAUUCGUGCCUCUUCUCUUCCGAGAAAAAAAUCACCCAAAAUCAAUUACAAAUUCGUACACAUGCUUUGGAAACCCGCUCUUCGUCAAAAUACCUAAGAGUGAAAUCACCUACGACGAGCUCUACGCGAUCGUGCUCAGAAGAGUCAAGCCCUUUUUGGAGAAAGAGGAAAACAUUGACCCGAAAGAGUUAGAGUCAUUGCGAAUUGACGACAACGCGCCCACGGGCGAUACUACUGCUGCCGCCAAAACGCAGAACGGAAUUACCUCUCACAGCACAUCAUCAAGCGUGGCGCCUACCGCCGACGAGAUCGACAACUUCGAUGAAAAGGGAAACGUAAACAGCAACACUAAUAAUAACAACAAUGAGUGUGACUCGACUAGUAGUAUGGAGAACGGGUGUUCAGGAGGAGGGGUGGAAAGCGAGAAGGGGUCGAUUGAGUCGACAACAGGGCCUGGAAAGUGCCAUUACUUCAAGGUAUCUGCUGUGUACAGUACAGGGAGCACAGAGAUCCAGAAGUUGCCUCGCACCGGCUCAUUCAAGCUCAAUGCCCAAGCGUACCUGGCGUGUGACUGGACGUAUGAUGCGAGGAAGGUGUUGUUCCGGCCCCUGGAUGAGCUGGUGGUGCCACAUGAUAGUCUGGAUUUGAAGGUGGACCUGAAGAGGACCAUCAAACUGGAAGACUGCAUCAAACAGUUUCUGGUGGCCGAGAAGUUGGGGCCUAUGGACUCAUGGUACUGUCCCAAGUGUAAGGAUUUGAAGGAGGCGACAAAGAAGUUCGACCUGUGGACUCUGCCCCACAUCCUCGUUAUCCACCUCAAGAGAUUCUCCUACAACCGUUUCUUCCGAGACAAACUAGACAACAAGAUCGACUUCCCUACCAAUCAGCUGGCGCUGAAUGAGUUCGUGACGAAUGCGAAUGUGGGUCACCAGGUGUACGAUCUGAUUGGGGUUGUGAACCACUACGGGGGACUGGGAGGGGGGCACUACACGGCCUACUGUAAACACGAGCCCACAGAAAACUGGUACGACUAUGAUGACUCAAGGGUGUCUCCACUGCACGGAGGAGAGGAGGCUGUGAAGACAAGUGCCGCAUACGUGCUGUUCUACAGACGUCGCGAGAGAACCGAGAUAGACAUCAUCCCGCCUUCGAUCAAAACCCAGCCGAACCCAGACGCGGUAGAGAGUAGCGUAGAUGACGAAAUGGACACAGUCUAGUCAUAUCUAGUUCCCAGUCACACCCCCACUCGUCCCCUUUCUUGCCUUGUCCUUUUUAUUAGAAGCAGUCAGCACAGAAAAAACAGCUUCUUAAUGAAUUUAAACUAAAUGAUAUAAAGGAAGUAAAAAGAGCAACAGCAGCAGCUAAAACAAUCAGAUGAAGAACUUUAAGAAACACCGAAACAUAUAUAAUUGUUGAGCUGUUUGUUGAACAAUAACUGAGACGUCCAGCCUGUUUUGAUCCGAUUAUAAUUAUAUUUUCUUACAUUUCUGUAUUUUGAUCUCACUUACAUAUACAUUGCUUUCGUGUCUGCCUAGCAGACUUAAAAUUUCCCCUCGUAGGUUUACAUAAAUGCGUACACAUGAUCUGAGUAGAAUAAAGGUGCUUUCAUUUGUAAAUUUUAUCCGACAUCUGUACUCAGGUGUCGUUGUUAAUCGAUCUGCGUUACUAUCUUCAUGAAAUUUUGAUCAAGCCUUCUGAUCAUAAAUUAUAAAAUGUAGUAGAUUGUGAUCUUGGAUCAAAAUUUUUGAAAAGGAAAAGCAAGCCCAGAGUCGCUGCAAGUUGUAAGCCGUGGUUUGAUGAUAUAAAUUGGAUGAUUGAAUGUCGUUGGUCGGUGAAUAAUUGAAAGAUGUUGAAAUCA